AUGACGCACAAUGGCCAAGAUGGUCACGACGACAGAUCUCUUACAUCUGAGGCUGAUCACGGGUUGAACAGACCUACAGGCACUUUCGUGGGAGACAAUACAGAUUCCGGUGCCGAAAGGAAGCACAUCAUCGCGAACGACCAUGUCGACUUGGUUAGAUACCCCGACAUCAAGUCAGUUCAGGAUUCUAGAUAUGCAUCAAGUUUGCCUUCACGGUGCCCCAGCGAGCACAAUGUGGCAGAACGGACCAUUGUGUCGUUCCCAAAGGGCGAUCCAGAAAACCCAUACAACUGGAGCGUGACCAAGAAGAUUUAUAUUACAUUGACCUGCAUAGCGUUGGUCAUGAACUCGACAAUUGGGAGUGCAUUACCAUCAGGUGCCUCGAAACAGACACCGGAGUAUUUUGGCAUCACGAACGAAAGCUUGUUGGUGCUGCCGGUGUCCAUCUACCUUGUUGGAUAUGUGCUAGGACCUUUGGUCUUCGCUCCAAUGAGCGAAUCAUUUGGCAGGAAGUGGGUAGUCAUAGGCACAUUUGUGAUCUUUACAGCUUUUCACUUGGGCUGCGCUCUUGCUCCGACAUUCUCGGGCCUUAUCGUCAUGCGACUGCUGGUCGGGAUUGGCUCGUCCACACCAAUAUCUGUCGUCGGCGGGAUGUACGCCGACGUCUUCGACACACCAAAAACUCGAGGGCGUGCAGUCACUGCCUUCAUGGCUGCCACAACCUGGGGCCCGCUUGCUGGACCGAUCAUCUCUGGCUUCGUUGCGCCAAUCUCCUGGCGAUGGGCGUAUUGGAUAGCACUCAUCAUAGCUGGUGUGACGUGGCCGUUUGUCUUGUUCUUGCCUGAGACAUAUGGUCCGAUAUUGCUGAAACGACGUGCUGAGAAGCUUAGAAAGGAGACUGGUGACCAGAACAUCAUUGCACCGGUAGAGCUUGUGGAGCAGAACUGGAUGGAGUUUGUCACAGUGGUCCUUACACGCCCAGUCCGGAUGUUCCUGUUCGAAUGGAUCGUGCUAUUUAGCUGCCUCUAUCUCAGCAUGGUAUACGCUGUCUUCUAUUUCUUCUUCCAGGCGUAUCCGACCACAUUCGAAGGAAUCUAUGGCUUCAACGCUGGAGAAGUGGGCUUGACAUUCCUUCCUAUUGGCGUUGGAUCUGUGUUCGCGACUGGCAUAUACCUCUACUGGGAGCACUACCUGGACAAAGCGAGAUCUCUUUUCUGGCUCGGCUGGACCGCGAGAUCGGAUAUACACUGGAUUGUUCCUACGCUUUCUGCUAUACCGUUUGGCAUUGGGUUCUUAUUGAUCUUCAUGGCCCUGAUCAACUAUAUCAUCGACGCUUACGAAGUGUUCGCAGCGAGUGCUAUGGGCGCAGCAUCUUGUUCACGAAGCAUAUUUGGAGUUGUGCUUCCUUUCGCAGCGAGAUCUAUGUACACUACCUUGGGCAUUGCUUGGAGUUGUAGCCUACUGGGAUUCGUGAGCAUAGCGAUGGGAGUUAUACCGUUUGUGUUCAUCAAGUAUGGAGAGAGUAUUAGAGCAAACUCGAAGUGGUGUCAGGAACUGAAACGACAGAAAGCGGACCACCAAGAGAAGCGGCGGCAAAUCGAAGAAGGGCAGCAGAGUCCUGGCGUCGCGGAGCAGCUUGUGCGCAGUGACCCUGAAAAGCAAGUCUAG